UUUUUUUUUUUUAAAUAAAUUUAACACAACUUUAUCACAUUCUGUGUUUUUUACCUGUAUAACUCAGUGACACCAAUUACGUUAAUGUUGUGCAACUCUCACCAGUAAUCAUUGCCAUGACACACAUUUUCAUUGUGACUUCCAUGUCCCACAGAUGGAAAUAUUAACUUCUCCAGAAUUUCUCUGCUUUCAGGUUGUUGGCAUGGACAAGGGGAGGAGAUGGAGGCAUCUCCUGAGCACAGUGUUUCUAUGGGAGUAUUACCGGUCUGGACUCCACAGGCAGGUCUGUCCACCCAGAAGACUCACCCCUGUGAGAGGUGUGUUUCAGUCUUGAACAACAUUUUGCAUUUGGCUCAGCACGAAGCAACAAACCCUGGGCAGAAACCAUACCUGGGUGGAGUGUGUGUGAGAGCCUUUUGGCUUAAUGCAAACCUUCCCCAGCACCAAAAGCAUCACAGUGGAGAGAAGCCCUUCACACGAGAUGUGGACAGGAACUUGUUCGUGAAAGACUGCAGAUUGCAAGCAUCAGGGCAGCCCUUUGCCUGUGGGGAAGUUGGGAAGGACGCCUUUGUUUUCUCAGGUCUUUUCCAGCACUGGGGCGUGCCCAACAGUGAAAAGCCACUAAGCGACCUCAAGUAUGGGGACACCUUUCACAGUAGAAAGAGUCAUUACAAGUGGGGUGAACAUGAGAAAGAGUCCAGCCAUAAACAGACACAUGGUACCAGAGAGGGGCUUUGUGGGGGUAGCAAAUGUGGGAAAGCUGUCAACUGCAAGUACAGAUUUGUUCAGCAUAAGGAAAUUCACACUGGAGAAAGAAAGCACGGAGAAAGACAGUAUGAGUGUUGUGAAUGUAGGAAAUAUUUUAGCCACCAAUCCUCCCUUAGUAGACACCAGAGAGUUCACAGUGGAGGAAAGACUUAUGAGUGCAACAAAUGUGGGAAAUUCUUCACUCAAAAAUACGGCCUUAUUCAACACCGGAGAGUCCACACUGGAGAGAGGCCUUAUGAGUGCAGUGAAUGUGGGAAAUCCUUUAUUCGAAAAUCUGGGCUCAUUCAACACCAGAGAGGUAAUACAGGAGCAAAGCCUUAUGAGUGUGAGGAAUGUGGGAAAUCACUGAGCAAUCACUCCAGCCUCAUUCAACAUUAGAGAGUCCACACUGGAGAAAGGCCUUACAAGUGCAGCGAAUGUGGGAAGUUCUUCAGGAAGAGCUCCCGGCUUAUUGUACACAAGAGAAUUCACACUGGAGAAAGGCCUUAUGAGUGCAGUGAAUGUGGGAAAUCCUUUAGCAAUAGCUCAUACCUUAUUAUACACAAGAGAAUUCACAGUGGAGAAGGGCCUUAUGAGUGCAGUGAAUGUGGGAAGCUAUUUAGGAAUAGAUCCCACCUUAGAGGACACAAGAGAAUUCAUACUGGAGAAAGGCCUUAUGAUUGCCCUGAAUGUGGGAAAUCCUUUAGCCGAAGCUCCACCCUUACUCAACACCAGAGAAUUCACACAGGACAAAAUCCUUAUGGGUGUGGCAUAUGUGGGAAGUCAUUUAAGGAUCGCCGUAGCCGCAUUCAGUAUCGGAAAGUCCACACUGGGGAAAGGCCUUAUGAGUGCAGUGAAUGUGGGAAAUCUUUUAGUAGAAAUAGCAGCCUUACUAAACAUGAGAAAAUACACACUGCAGUAAAGCCUUGUGUGUGUGCAGAAUGUGGGAAAUCCUUUAGCCAAAACUCCACCCUUAUUCAACACCAGCAAGAUCAUAGGAACAAGGCCUUCUGAGUGUGUUGAAUACAAAAUAUCCUUUAGCCACAGUUCCAGCCUUAUUUAACACUGAAAAUUUCAUACCAGAAUAAGGCAACAUGUGGGAAUGCCUUCAGCCCAAGGUCUAACAUCAUUCUGCCCAAGAAAGUCCACAGAGUAGGUGGUGUGGUAACUUACCAUUCUACAGAGGCUUUGAGAGGGAGCCAUCUGCCUGUGUUGCAUAUUACAAAAUUCAACAGGUCCUUUCCAGAAUUCUAUCACUGUCAGUUUCUAUGGCAGAAGCCAUCUCACUUCUGCCAUCUUGCGAAUUCCCACCGUGUGACUCAGUCACCCCAGAAUGCUCAGGCAAGGCAGGUAACUGUUUUCUCCUACUCCCUGGAGAAAAUCACAGGCAGCCUCAGCCAUUACGGGGUCUUCAUUCCAAUUUCUGACUGGUUAGGGCAUGGACAAGGAAUCCUGGUGACACAGUGGUUAACAUCUUGGCUGCUAACCGAAAGGUUGGCAUUUUGAACCCACCAGCCACUCUGUAGGAGAAAGAUAUGGCAGUCUGCAUCCAUAAAUAUUACAGCCUUGGAAACUGGGGCAAUUGUGUUCUGUCCUAAGGUUCACUAUGAGUUGGAAUUGACUAAAUGGUAGUGGGUUUGGUAGGUCAUGGACCCGACCCAGUUGUGUCCAAGAGAACCUGGUCUGGGUUCUGGUGGCAGUUGGCACAGGUUUACCUUGUUUAUGAAAUUUUUUAUCUCAUACGAUACUCAUUAAUUUUUUCCAGACUCCAGUUGACCAAUACCUGUCUCAGAUGCCUCCCAUUUGUGUAACAAUAAAGGCCUAUUGUUUAAGCCAUCUGUUUUUGUCAGUAUUUUCUAGAGGAACAGAAGCAAUUAGAUGUGUGUGUGUAUACACACACCCGGAGAUAUUAAGGAGUUGGUUCAUGCUUGUGGGGCUAGCAAGUCCAAAAUCUAUAGGUCAAGUAACAGGCUGGAGUUUACGUCUGUGUUGUGCCCCAAAAUCUGUAGGUCAGACAAUGGGAAGAGAGUGGAGGAGUUCUGGCUGUAUAUCUUUAUAGUCUGGGGACUAUAGCGUAGAAAACUUGCCUUUUGUUCUUCAACUGAUUGGACUAGGCCUACCCACAUGAUGGGAGGUAAUCUGCUUUAAUUAAGGCAAGCUGAUUUAAUCACAUAAUAAUUUCACUAGAGCAUAUAACAUGUUUGAUCAAAUGACAGCCAUCACUUUGUGUGACUCAGCGGUGACAGUAUGAUGUGAGCAUAGCUCUGUACCCAAGUUUGGCCUAAUGUGCAUUGCUGAUGAAAAUUUUCUAAGAAAGUCUGCAGGAAUGUCAGGCCUAAUUUGUGAACUGGAUGACUGAAUUCCUUGAGCGAUCAGAGUUACCCCUAAUGAGAAGACAGUUGUGGUGACAACCUCUAGUGUUUCUGGGAACAACAUGAAUUUGUUUCCUUGUCCCCGGGGAAUGUCUGUCCACUUGUAGAGGGGAAACAUUUUCCCAGGUUGUAUGAAAGAGCCAUGUGCCCUGAAGUCCAGAAUUCAGUAGGUGAGUGUUUUUGGUAAGACUGCAAAGGCCAGGUUGUUUUUAGGUGCUGUUGAGUUGGUUCCAACUCACAGAGACCCUAUGAAGCCACAGAACAAAACACUGCCUGGUGUUGCGCCAUGCUCACAAUCAUGCUUCAGCCCGUUGCAGCCAUGCGUCAAUCCAUCUCCUUGAGGGUCUUCCUCUUUUCUGCUGAUCCUGUAUUUUACCAAGCAUGAUAUUCUUCUCCAGGGACUGAUCCCUCCUGACAUGUCCAAAGUAUAUAAGAUGUAGUCUUACUAUCCUUGCUUCGAAAGAACAUCUCUGGUUGUACUUUUUCCAAGACAUUUUUGUUUGCUCUUUUGGCAGUCAAUGGUAUAUUCAAUAUUCUUCCCCAACACCACAAUUCAGACGCGUCAAUUGGUCUUCCUUAUCCAGCUUUUGCAUGCAUAUGAUGUGAUUGAAAAUACCAUGGCUUGACUCAGGCACACCUUAGCAUUCCAGGUGACAUCUUUGCUUUUCAACAUUUUAAAAGAAGUGUUUUACAGCAGAUUUGCCAAUGCAAUGCGUCUUUUGAUUCCUUGACUACUGCUUCCAUGGGUGUUGAUUGUGGAUCCAAGUAAAAUGAGAUCCUUGACAACUUCAAUCAUUUCUCUGUUUAUUGUGAUGCUGCUUAUUGCCCCUGUAGUGAGGAUUUUUGUUUCCUUUAUGUUAUUUUCAUCAGUAAAUGCUUCAAGCCCUCUUCACUUCCAGCAAGCAAGGUUGUGUCAUCUGCAUAAUGCAGGUUGUUAGUCUUAGUCCAAUCCUGAUGCCCUGUUCUUCUUCAUAUAGUCCAGCUUCUCAGUUAAUUGGAAACCCUGGUGGCGUAGUGGUUAAGUGCUAUGGCUGCUAACCAAAGGGUCGGCAGUUUGAAUCCACCAGGCACUGCUUGGAUACUCUAUGGGGCAGUUCUACUCUGUCCUAUAGGGUCGCUAUGAAUCAGAAUCGACUCAAUGGCACUGGGUUUGGUUUUGGAUUUCUCAGUUAAUUUGCUCUGCAUACAGGUUGAAUAAGUAUGGUGAAAGAAUACAACCCUGAUGCACACCUUUUCUGACUUUAAACCAUGCAGUGUCCCCUUGUUCUGUCAGAACAAGUGCCUCUUAAUCUAUGUACAGGUUCCUCAUGGUGAGAUGUUGUGAAAGUUGCAACAAAAAUGUGACAAGAGUAGACUUUUCUGAAAAACAACUACUACGAGAUGGUCAGUAACCCUCUGCCUGCUUCAUUCUAAUACUGGUCCCUUUAAUCUUAAAGGGAAAUGGGGCAAAGGUCAUUCUUUUGUAACUUCUUUAAGUUCAAUGGGGUGUUGGUCUAUAGAGCCCUCAUAGAAUCGACUUACAGCUUCAUCUGGACAGAUAGGUUGAAAGCCUUGUUGGAGCAUCAUUUGCAAAUGGAAUUUUUCAAUCCUAGAAGACACAAAUUUAACAAGAAGCUUGAAUAUACAGGGACCAAAGAGCAAUAAGAGGAAAAGUGCGACCAGGGGACCCAACAGGGGAAGAAACCAAGUGAGUGAGGGAAGUGCACUUUUUACGGCCUGACAUAUAUCGGGGAUUUGACCCUUGGUUAAAAUUAUGGAGCCACGUGGCCUGAUCAUAUAUCUUUUUUACAUUGAUCUCAACCUGGCCAGAGAAAUUUGUCUAUGUGCAGCAAGAGGUAUUUGCUACCAUACACACUCCUUGUUCUGCCAGCAGGUAGUCCAGUGCAACCUGGUGGUCCAAGACCACUUUGGCCAGGGAGUCUAAGGAUUUUUAUUGAGCUUCUAUUGCCCGGCCUGUGGACCAUGCUUUGGUCUCUAUGGUCUGGGUUAAAUUUUAUAAGGUUGCCUCAUGAUAGGCGAAUCCUUUCCAGGGGGUGAGCUUUCCUAUAGCAGCUCCAAUUCCUGCCUGAAUCAGUCCUAUAGCCCGUUUGUGUCGGGUGCUGUUUCAGGGAAUGAGAAUCUGUAUGAAAUUCUGGGUUGGCAUUAAGAAGCCUAAAGUACAUUCUCUCCCAUGAAUCACAGUGUCUAGGCACUCAAGGACCCACCCAUCAGGAUGAUAGUCGGGUAGGGACUGCUAGGUAGUGGGGAGUAACCACACACCCAGGCAUAUCCUUGCAGGGGAUGGAGAGAGAGAGGUUAUCUCGGGCCUCCCUGAGUCACCUGUUCUCAAAAGAUUUCAUCCUAACAGGCCAAAAUAGCCGGGGCCAGGGGAAAAAGGGCGUGUGUGUGCCCGACAAAUCCACUGGAAUGAAUUACAGGAUUGUUUUGCCUUUUAUCCUUGUACGGAGGUUUUGACAUUGAGUGCCCAGCUCACCUCCUCCCAAACACUUACUAGACAAACUCCUUCGCCCUUUUGUACCUUGCUCAUGGAACAACAUACCCGAGCAGUGUUGUUGGCAUUUUUUAAGGAGAUUUCACAGUCCUCAAGGUGGGAAAUGUUCCAAUUAUCCAGUAAAGUGAAGUUUUUUAUCUGGACCUUGUCUGUGAUGUAGGUCUCAUUUAAUUCCCCUUUGAGCCAUAUGUCGAAAGAGACACUUGCUGGGUAGGUCUUGUGGAGAACUCCAGUACAGUUAAACUCAACCACAGGAGGCUUAAUGAAAGAGAGGAACAAAAGGUCUCUAGGGGGGAAGCUGGUACAGUUGACAGUAGGGGGGUGGCCCCUGGGAGUAGUUAAUCACAGGGAGAAUUUGGAGGUUCCCUGAUGUUUUCGUGGGAGGGGAAAAACAUAUCCAAGAAAAAUGAAGUAGUUGGCCUUCACUGAUAGCUUUCGAAACUCGGUAAAAAUAAUUAUUUUCCCGGUUUCCGGAGCCCUGUGCCCAAGGAGAUAAUAUAAAGAGACUCAGGAGGACUUUUUCCCUGAAAAGUGCCUUUUAAUCCAUCUGGCUGUGGCCUCCUGUCCCCAGUCGGUGGCUUCAUGUAAGGCCCUUAAGAUGUUCCAUGCUGUGAGUCAUGGUAAGUAGGUAAUUCCUGCAGGGUUUUUAUACCACUCUUGUGACAUGUUGGGAUCUAGUGAAAAUCCCUUCUUUUAUUAAUUCAUAAUCCGUCUUUGUGUAUGUUGGAUUAAAGUGUUCCUGAGGAUGCUGAAUGAUCAGGCCCUGUACUGAUGGUGGUUCUUCAGUCUGGGAUUUCCUUCUAGCUGCUUCUUUUGCUGUGAAGUCAGCCAGGGCAUUAUACCUCACCUCAGGAGUGUUUUCCUUCUGGUGUCCCUUACAGUGAAGUACUGCUACCAGCUGAGGCAUUUGAACAGCUUUCAACAGUGCCAAAAUCUGUUCCCUAUGUUUUAUCUCCUUAUUUGCUGAUGUUAAAAGGCCCCUCUCUUUGCAUAUUGUUGUGCAUGCAUGGAUUAACAAAAAGGCGUAAUGAGAAUCAGUCCAGAUUGUCACAAUCUUACCUUCUAUCAAGGUUAGGGCUCGGGUUAGAACAACAAGUUCGAUCUUUUGGGCAGAGGUCCCUACAGGCAGGGGUUCAGUUUCGACAACCUGUGGGGGUUUGAGGGCAACAACAGCAUAUCCAGCCCUUCUCUUUCCUUCUUCUAUGAAGCUACUCCCAUCAACAUACCAUUGGAGACCCUCCUUAAAAGGAGCGUCCUGAAGGUCUGGUUUGCUGGAGUAUGUUUCUUCUAUCGUCUGAAAACAAUCGUGAAUUAGAGGAUUUCUGAGGAGUGGCAAUAGUGUCGCUGGGUUUAACUGGGUUCCAGUGACCAGAGUUACAGCUGAGUUGUCUAGUAGGAUAGCUUGGUAUUUACCCAGUUGGUCCGUCGUCAGCCAUAGCCCUCCUUUUUGUUCCAGAAGGGCAAUUAUGGUGUGAGAAGAGCACACAGUCAGAGGCUGGUCUAGAGAUAGUUUUUCAGCCUCUAUAAUUAGAUUGCAGGCAGCUGCUACUGCCCUCAGGCAGGGAGGCCAUCCCUGUGUAGGCAGAUCCAGUUGCUUUGAGAAAUGUCCUACAGGUCUCUGGUGAGGCCCCAGUCUCUGGGUAAGGACUCCCAGGCCCAUCCUUUUGCGUUCAUGGGUGUAAAGAUGAAAAGGCUUUUCUAAGUUAGGGAGGCCUAAAGCGGGGACCUUUAAUAAUGCAACCUUUAUUUCCUUAAGGAAACCCUGGUGGUGUAGUGGUUAAGUGCUACAGCUGCUAACCAAAGGGUUGGCAGUUUGAAUCUGCCAGGCGCUCCUUGGAAACUCUAUGGGGCGGUUCUAUUCUGUCCUAUAGGGUCACUAUGAGUCGGAAUCGAUGGCACUGGGUUUGGUUUUGGUUUGGUUUAUUUCCUUAAAGGCCUGUUGACAGCUAGGAGGCCAGAUGAAUGGGUCUCCAUCCCGCCCCCUCCCCCGCUUCGUAGAUUGGAAAAGGGGUUUUGCUAUCAUUCCAAAGUUUGGGAUCCAUAUUCUACAAAACCCAGCCAUGCCCCCAAAUCCCCUGAGCUCUCAUCUAUUUGAUGGUUCUCAAGUGGCAAAAAUGGCCUCCUUGCAUGUGGGAGACAGGGUUCAAGCUCCUUGUGAUAUGAGGAAUCUCAAAUAUUGGACCUGUAGCUGGGAUCGCUGGGCUUUUUCUUUUGAGACUUUAUGUCCCAGCUGGGUCAGGAGAUUUUUUUUUUUUUUUUAAUU